UUACUGAUAGAAAAUAAAUUAAUAUCCAUCAAUGUAUCAGAUCGGAACUGCAGUAAAUAUUUCAUAGAAUGAUCGAGCAUGGAAGCUACAGUUGCCCCAAGUGCAAUCGUUCUCAGCGAAGAUAACUACGAAGAAUGGAGUGUUUGGGUUAAAACCUACUUGGUGGCUCAUGAUCUUUGGGACAUUGUCGAAACCGGCGGUGACCUCCCUGAACCAAGUCAACCCGAAUCUAAGGAUCUGAGGAAGAAGAACGCCCAAGCUCUGCACGCAAUUCACAUUUCUUGCGGACUGGACGCUUUUUCUCUGAUCAAGAAUGUCACCACCGCCAAAGAUGCUUGGGACACCUUGUUGACUGCAAAGCAACAGCAAAAUUCAUCAAGAUAUCAAGGUUUUCUAUAUGAUACAGGAUUUGGGUCUGAUACCAGCAACUUCAAUGAGUAUAAACCUUUCUUUAAAGCUGUGGAGGAAGGUCGUUGGGAAGCAGCGCAAGAGUCACUUAAAAUGCAUCCUGAUGCAAUCAGAGCAAGAAUUCCAUAUUCAGGCAGGACAGCUCUUCACAUUGCAACUGAUGCUGGACACCCGCAUAUAGUGGAACAGUUGGUGCACUUGAUGCCAGAAGAGUACUUGGAAAUAAGAGGAGAUGAUGGCAUGACAGCUCUAGCUGCAGCUGCAAAUAAAGGAUUCACUCGGAUGGCUAAAUGCAUGGUUUGGAAGAACAAGAGAAUUCUCAGCAUUGGCGACGCUUCAAAUAGAAUUCCACUUGUCCUAGCUUAUCGCAUGGGCCAUCUGAAUAUGGCUCGCUAUCUAUAUUGUGUCACUCCACGGGAAGAUUUAAUGCCAGAGACAGGACCAAAUGGCGCUACAAUUGUUUCCGAAUGUUUCAUUGAAAAAAAAUAUGAUAUUGCCUGGGCUUUAAUUCAGCGUUUCCCUCGCUUGGCCAUAUCUAGAGACCAUUAUGAUAUAACCCCUUUAUAUGCAUUGUCCGGUGUGCCAUCAGCAUUCCUGAGUGGAAUGCAGCUCAGAUUCUGGCAGCGAUGGAUCUAUGACUGUAUAAAGAUACAACCUGCUCCUUUGGCAGCCAAUGAUAUUUAUAUGAAUGUUGGUAAUAUGGAAAAUAACGAAGGUAAUCGAAGAGAUUUCCGAUCAGGUAUCUGUCAUAUCCUACUUAAGAAUCUUCUCAGGAUAUUGGGAAUAAGCCACCUACGGAAAAUGAAACUGAUUCAUAAACGAUCUAGCGAGUUUCUGGUUCACAUGUGCAAGACGAUAGAACAUUUAGAUAGGAGUGAAAUGCAAACUGCCGGUGUAAAUAAAGCUAUUUUCCAAGCCGUUGAACGAGGGAUUUCUGAGUUCAUUACUCAUAUAUUGAUGACAAAACCAGAACUUCUGCGGAGCACUAAUGAAAAGAACAGGAGCAUAUUUCAUGUGGCAGUUGAGUAUCGCCAAGAAAAAAUUUAUAACCUUAUACAUGGACUCCGUACGAAAGAUGUAUUUGCAACUCAUGUGGAUACAUCGAACAAUAAUAUGCUACAUAUGGCAGCAAUGUUGUCCCCUUUUGAGCAGCUUAAUGGUAUCACGGGUGCAGCUCUGAAAAUGCAGAGAGAACUCCAAUGGUUCAAGGAGGUGGAGAGGAUUGUACCUUCCCAAUAUCGGGAAAAACUGAAUCACACUGAUUGUAAGAGACCACGCGAUCUAUUUACCAUCCACCACAAGAAGUUAGUGGAGGAGGGAGAAAAGUGGAUGAAAGAUACCGCACGGUCUUGUUCUGUCGUUGGUGCUCUUAUUGUAACCAUUAUGUUUGCUGCAGCGUUCACAGUUCCGGGAGGCAAUAAUCAAGAUUCAGGCAUUCCCAUAUUCAUCGAUGACAAGAUAUUUAGUCUUUUUAUAAUCUCAGAUGCUAUAUCACUCUUUUCUUCCACGACUGCAUCAUUGAUGUUCUUGGAGAUCAUGACAUCACGCUAUGCAGAAGAAGAUUUCCUCAAGUCUUUGCCAACAAAGAUGUUAAUAGGCCUUUUCAGCCUAUUUCUCUCUAUCGCUACCAUGAUGCUAGCAUUUUGUGCUGCGCUUCUCAUUAUGCUUAAAGGAAAGCCGUGGACUGUCUUUCCAGUUAUUUCUCUUGCUAGUGUUCCGGUCAGCUUAUUUGUUUGCAUGAAAUUUCCCCUCUUUGUUGAGAUCUUCAAUAAUACGUAUCGAUCAAGAUCAAGAGUAUUCAAUAGGGAUGUCAAACCUUGGUUAUGAAAUAGUUCUUGAUGAUGUGGAGGGGAAUAUAUAUCAUCGGUUUUUCUUCUAAGAUGUAUGUGCUCAUCAAUUCAUCUAGUCCAAAAAAUUUAAAGAUGUGAAACUGUUUCACUUUUUUUCUUC